GUCAGUAUGCUGAAAAGCAAACAUGCUGUCUCCAGUGCUUACCAUCCCCAAACCAACGGGCAGGAGGAGGUGCCAUUGAUUCGCCAGUGGUGGUGCAUUCAGUUGAUGGAGAGGUUUUGCCUUGAAGGGCAUGGACAGAGAUUUGCACACUGGACAGAAGAAGCAUCCCAACUCCUUCAGGGAACCCUUGAGCCUGUGUUUAGGGUGUCAAAAUCCCCCACCACCAGCAGAAGGGUUGUGGCUGAAGAGGACACUGAUAAGGUGCAACAGCCUAGCAUUGUGAGAGACCUUCAUACAGCUUGGUACUGGGCACACAAUCACAGAGACUUAUUCCGUGGAGAGGUGACAGAGCCUGCUUUUCUGCAGAUGAACAGUGAAGAUCAACUAAAUGCACUCAGGAAGGCCCUGGGGAGUGAAUUCCCUGAAGCAAAGGAGGACUUUCUGUUUAUAUUUCAGUCUCAAGGUGACAUGGAAACAUUUCUGUCCUACUGUGUUGAUAAACAAGGCCUGAAGGUCAAUGCCAUGCUCCUCAAUCAGCAAUUAUAG